CAAUAUUUCCACUUUAUUUUAUUUCCUUUGAUGUAUGAGAAUUUAAAUUAGUGCUACAAGAAUCAUAUUCCCACAUAUCUUUACCACAUAAAGAGAAGGCAAAGCUCCUCCAAUCUCUCUUUUACUUAUUCUUAUCUCAUCUCUCUAAACUCCAACACCUUGUUUUAGAAGCUCUCAUCUCCUAAAAAUGCCAAUCCCUUUGAAUGGAGCAAGGAGCAAUGAGGAGGUUUUCUGCUCAUGACAAGAGGGCUUUGGCCAUAGGCUUAGCCAUUCUUGCUAUACUUUCGCCUCUCUACGUUAAUCAUAGAUCGAUCUCUGAGGAGGAGCUCGAGGAAGAGCCGUUGCACUUGUCGUCGUACUUGCCCCUUCUGCAGCUAUUGUUGAUGAUGGCCAUAGCUAUCUCGAGUUUCAUGGAGCGCGGCUUCACCGGGCUCGAUCCUUAUUGGAUUCAUCGGGCGGGUGGCUCUUCGAUCGGGAUCAUCUUCAUCUUGAUCAUCCUUACCUUCGUGCUCAAGUGGAAGACCUACUAGAUUGUGGAGUUGUUGUGGAUUUAGAUUGUGAAAGUGAAAGCUUUUUAUAAUCCAUUUUUAAUUUGCAAAGUGAAAUGUAUUCAUGUAGUGUUUUGUUUUAGAUUUUUGUUAUGUCUUAUUACAUGGCACUAAUUGUGUUUUGUUUUA